AUGCAUCCUUUCGCCCGAGCACGCGAGCGGACUCGCGCAUUGAACGCUGCGAAGAUGGAACGUAUGUUUGCGAAACCAUUCGUUGCCGCAUUGGAGGGGCAUCAAGACGCUAUCGAGGUUCUGGCGAAAAGGCCGGAGAGCGUUACGGAUGUUGCCAGUGGAAGCUGGGACGGAGAGAUCAUCAUGCACAAUGUUGCUAGGCGAACGCAGAUCGCCAAGAUACCCGGCGCGCACAAGGGAAAACUUUCGGGCAUAUGUUGGGCGGACGAGAAUAGGUUGCUGAGCAGUGGUGUGGAUAAGACUGUGAAGAUGUGGGAUAUGCGAAGCUCGCCCGAGAUGAGUUCACCUGGCGCUGGUCCAUCAGAGCCCAAGCCCAUGGCGGUAUUCCCGGGAAAGGCGCCGUUCAACGGAAUUGCACAUCACUGGACAGAUCCCGUAUUUGCAACGGCGUCAAAUGUUGUCCAAAUAUGGGAUGAGACGAAGAGCGCGCCUAUCAUGGACAUCACCUUCUCCACGUCGGCCGAAUCCGUGACAGGCAUCCGCUUCAACCCAUCGGAAUCUUCCGUACUGGCAAGUAUAGGUUCAGACCGUACAUUCACCCUGUAUGACAUUCGAACGGGGAAAGCAGAGAGGAGGGUGGUCAUGAGCAUGACGAGCAACGACUUGGCAUGGUCUCCGACAUUCCCUACGAUGAUCCUUCUUGCAUCCGAGGACCACAACUUGUACACGUUUGACAUCCGCAAACUCAACGCGCCCCGGCAAAUAUACAAGGGGCACGUUGCCGCUGUCAUGAGCUGCGACUGGAGCCCAACGGGUCUGGAGUUCACGAGCGGAGGGUGGGACAGGACGGUGCGCAUUUGGAAGGAAGGUCAGGGCACGCAUCCGGAGGUGUACCACACGAAGCGCAUGCAGCGCGUACUGAGCACCGCGUUCACCGCGGAUGCUCGCUUCGUGUUAUCAGGAUCGGACGAUGGCAACGUGCGCGUAUGGAAGGCGAACGCGUCCGAGAAGCUUGGCGUUAUCACUGCUCGCGAGCGCGCUGCUAUCGAGUAUCGCGAGACGCUCAAGAGCAAGUGGCAAGCAGACCAACAAGUCGGCAAAGUGCAACGGAGUCGUCAUAUACCGAAGCCGGUGUACAAGGCUGGCCAACUCAAGCGGACGAUGCUCGAGGCCCAGCGCGUCAAGGAGGAGAGACGUCGGAAGCACACGCGCGCUGGAGAGAGCAAACCCAAAGCUGCGAAACAAAAGUUUGUACUUGCCGAGCAGUCAUAG